AUGAUCACUAGCAACACCGGUCCACGUGGUGAGCUGGACACCGACGCGCUGCAGCGCGCAGUGUUGCAAUACAGAAAUACGCCUGACCCAGAGGCUAAGAUCUCGCCCGCCAUGUGUAUCUUUGGUCGACCUAUAAAAGACUUCAUCCCUAUACUGCCAGGUCGAUACAGGCCUCAUCCCACAUGGCGUGAAACCAUGACGGCGAGGGAGGAAGCACUCAGGAACAGGCACAUGAAGGCUGCUGAAAGGUGGACAGAGCACACCAAGCGACUGCCACCGCUGGCAGUUGGCAACCACAUACGCCUCCAGAACCAAACUGGCCCCCACCCCACACGAUGGGACAAAACUGGGGUCAUCAUUGAGGUUAGACAAUUUGACCAGUAUGUUGUACGCAUUGAUGGUUCGGGUCGAGUUACAUUGCGGAACAGAAAAUUUCUGCGGCGUUACGAACCUGUGGUGCCACAGAGACCCAAGCCUCGGACACUGGAGGAGGACCUUCGCUACUCACCCACCGUCACGCCAAUCGGGGCACAUGAACACAUGCCCCAAACAUUACGGUCUUCAAUGCCCAGGACAGCGGAGCCAGCUGCCACGCUGCCGCCAUUGGCUAUCACCGCCCCACCGGCGGUUACCCCAGCACCACUCCCAUCUGCUGAACCACCGUCAGUGCCAUCGCCUGCACCCAGUACCAGCGGGAUGCCCCGUGUCACAACUGCUGCCCAACCUACUACUCCUGCUGCACCCCCUAGCAGGCCGAAUGUGGCCAGAGUCGCGACCCUGUGCAGGGGAGUGGGUGCCCCCGGAACUCCGCCUCCCGACAGAACACGUAGAGCUCGACAACCUCCUGCGUGGCAGAAGGACUAUGUUAUGUGCUGA